GACCAAUUUCGAUUUCUUCGACAGCUUCCAGCUUCCAGCUUCGAUUCGAUAAACUCGCAUGCAAUCAUGGCGCAGGUUUUCAAGGACUUAUUCGGAGGUGGCAAAUCCGUUGCGAGCCCUGUUCCCUCUGCGGACUCGGACUUCGCCGACUUUGCGGGGGCACCAGACCCAGCACCUGGCUCUUUUAACCCCGUGCCUAACGCCCCUGUCGCCCCUGGUGUGGCGGCGACGGCGCGCCCCUAUUCAAAAUGGUACAACGUCCAUGAGCGACACUCGCUGUCCGAGUUCAAGAUCGAGGGCGGGAUCAUGGCCGUCAUUGCCUUCAUCCUCCUGCUGCACCUGAUCGGUUCGCGGUUGAAUCGCUCCAAAGCGCGCAAGUGGGCCAGCGCGCACGCUGCACCACUUGCCUCGGAGUUCGCGGUCGUGGGAUUCGAGGGAUUCUCGCCCGCGCACGCCGACAAGUCCGGUGCCGAGCUGGUCCAGGCCCUCGAGGACGCCAACAUCCAGCGGGGCAACUCUAUCCUGAAGGAGAAGAGCCUGUUCGAGUUCGCGACCUACGCGACCGGCCGCCAGAACGUCGCCUUCUUGGAUGCCAAGUUGACGCUGAGGAAGCGCUUCAACCCGGUAGUGAUGAUCAUCGAGUCUGUCCUCGGCUUCUUCGCCGAGACCUUCGCCGCACCCGAGGAAGCUUUGGAUGCUGUUCUCUACCCCUUUGAUGGCAUGGAGGCCGCUACUGUUCCCGGGCUGCCAGGCGCUGCCGAACUGAAGGCGAAGGACAACAAGAGCACGUUUGAUGGCUUCGUGUGGGCCCUUGUCAACAAGGAGAAGAUGAGGGAGAUCCGCGACGAUCGUUACGAUAUCUCCAUUACCACGACCAAGGAUCACGCGAAGCUCCCAGCCUGGUUGACGGUCAUGACUGAGAGCGCCGAGGUCACCGAUGUAUUGCUCACUCCCGAGCUUAUCAAGGCUGCUGAGGCCGCUGGUGAGCUCCUGGACUACCUCAUCGUAUCUGAUCAGCCCGUUGAGAAGCCUACCACUCUCGAUGAGACCAAGCCUCGGAAGCGCAUCUUCCUUAGGUACCGCCUGCCGUCAAACGACGACUACGAGCCGCUGGUACCCAUCUUCAACUACUUCAUGCGCAUCUCGGACCACCUCGUCAAGUCUGCGCACUUCCGGCCCGAGGUCAACCGCAAGCUCAAGGUCGUGCGCGAGGAGAACGUGAAGCAGAUCAAGAGGGCUGAAGACGACGAGAAGGCCGAGGAGCGGGCCCUCGAGCGCGAAAAGGCCAAGAAGGCUAAGCGGGAUCAGGAGCUCAGCCUGCUGGACGCCAAGGCGCAGAAGAAAUACCUGGAGAAGGAGCGAGACAGGGAGCAGCGCAAGUCCAUGAAGAAGCAGACUUCGCGCAUGUAAAAUGCGAGAUAGGGUUGCAGAUGCUCUGGAUCUGCCCGGCUCAGGGGAUUCGAGGGCUUAUGGUGUGGUAAUGGAGGCGGGCAAGUUGUAAAAGUGUCAUCAUCGUGUACUAAUUCGUUUUCCAAUUUCGACGUAUCCAUCGUCUGAGAAUAAACUAUGUACAUGUACAGUCAAGCCAGAACC